GUUCGGACCUCCUCCUCUUGCUAGCAAAACUGAUACCGAUUCGCCUCAAAGCAAACCUAAAGAGAACGAGAGAGAGAGAAAAAAAAUUGUCCAUCCAAGAGUUUAUAAAACAAUCUCAGCUCGCAAUCUACCACCACCAUUAUGUCAAGAUUCAACCUUUAUCUCCUCCUAAUAACAACUGUGAUUGCGAUUUUAUCCUCUACAUCAAAAUCAAUUCGUUUCGAGCUAGAAUCAGGAAACACGAAAUGCAUAGCAGAAGACAUCAAAAGCAAUUCUAUGACUGUUGGGAAGUACAGUAUUGUUAAUCCCCAUGAUGGCCAGCCCUUGCCCGACUCGUAUAAACUCACUGUCAGGGUGACAUCGAGUUCUGGGAAUAAUUAUCAUCAUUCAGAGCUUGUGGAAUCAGGGCAGUUUGCUUUCACGGCGUCGGAGGCAGGGGAUUACAUGGCGUGUUUUUGGGCGGCGGAUCAUAAGCCAGCAGUGACUUUGAAUAUUGAUUUUGAUUGGAAGACUGGUGUGGCUGCUAAGGAUUGGACUAAUGUUGCCAAGAAAGGCUCUGUUGAUGUUAUGGAAUUGGAGCUGAAGAAAAUGUAUGACACAGUUAUUUCCGUUCAAGAGGAAAUGAAUUAUCUUCGUGAAAGAGAAGAAGAAAUGCAAGAUCUGAACAUAUCUACUAAUGUAAAAAUGGCCUGGUUGAGUUUUCUUUCGAUCGUCGUGUGUUUAUCUGUGGCAGGCUUGCAAGUGUGGCACUUGAAGACUUUUUUCCAGAAAAAGAAGCUCAUUUAGUUUAUAUUUGCUUAACAGCCACCUCUUCUUUUUUCUCCCCCUGUAAAAUGUUUUACACAUUAUAAUAUUUUGAGAAAGAACAAUUACAGGUUAAAUGCGACUUUGGCCAGCUGUUCACGAAUUUUGAGCUAUCUAGUGUACAAUUAGUGUUCCGGAUACCAGGGAAGCAUCUCUUUGUAAUUCUUAUAGAUUCUUGGUCAAAAUCUACUGUAUUUGCAGGAUUGCACUUGGUGCAAGACCCCAGUGGGCUGAUAAUACAAAGAAUUUUUUUCCCCCA